GCACCAUGGCAAACGGCGUGCUGCGGUGGCUCUGCGUCGUCCCUGGGCGGACGCAGCGGAGGCGGAGGCGCGCGGUGAAGCUGGUGCUGUGGGGCGGGGAGACGCGGGCGGCCGAGCCCGGGAGCACGGCCGGGGAGGUCAUGGUGGAGCACGGCGCCGGCGGCCGCGUGGUGUGCCGGGCCGACGGGUUCCGCAUCGGCCGCUCCUCGCCAAUGCUCGCCGUCGAGGACCGGCUCGAGGCCGGCCGCACGUACCUCGUCGUCCCCGUGGACCGGCUCCCGGCUCAGGGCCAGGGCGCGGUCACCGCGGCGUCGCUCGCGGCGCUCUCUUACGACAGCCACAACGGCCGCGCUGGCGUCGCCCCGUCGUCGGCGCCGUCGCUGGCCGGGGGCGGGAGGAGCCCGUUCGAGUACGUCAAGGACGGCGACGGCCGGACGGUGAUCAGCGUCACGGAGGAGUUCAUCGUGAAGACGAUCACGGGGAGACGGCCGCCCGCUGGCGCCGGUGGUGGUCGUGGUGAUGAGGAGGACAACGGGUCGCCGAUCUGCAGCACGCCGGAGCUGAGGAAGCACUACGAGCUGUUGGUGGGGGCGGCGAGGGGGCGGCCGUGGUCGCCACGGCUGGAGACGAUCGAGGAGCGGAAGGCGCGCAGGGGGCUGGACGUCGUGAUCAGCCCCCGGCGGCUGUCGCCGGCGAAGCUGCUGGGGUUGGUCAAAGGAUCCAAUGAGCUAGCGAGGUAGGACGCCGGCCUUGCGCACGUAUUAUGCAUGCAUGCAAAUUACAGACCCCUACACUCUGCAACAGACCAACAGUGACCGUGCACGUGAAUACCAUUUCUCAACAAUGACCUUCGCUGUACAUAUACUGCUAUGUGGCUCCAUCUAGUGAAUGAACUUGCCU